CUCUUGGUUUCAAUUCCAAAGGCAUCUUAAAACUUUAUAUUGGCUUCCUUAUGGGUUAAUUGAAAGUUUCAAUCUUUAUUCAGUUCUGUAAAAAACGUUUGUUUGAAUGUAAAGGUAUCAUGAGUGGUUUGAUGUUUUUGAUUUGUUUUAUUGAUAUUGCUUCAAGUUUCAGGUUUUGUGUUAAUUCUUUUCAGUGGUAUUUUUAUUUCUAUCUUUUUUUUUUGUUUUUUGUUUGAGGUGUUUUGUCCAAAGUGUUUUCUUUGUCACUUUAGUUUGUUUGAGCUCUAUUCUUGUAUUAGAGUUUUUCAUGAUGAAAUCUUGUUUCAUUGAAAUGAUUCUCUGCCUUUCUUGGCCACGGGUUUAGUGGAAGACAUAGCUUUGUUUGUUUCUGACAGAAAUUAAUUUAUUUCUAAUUUUUGUUUAUAUUUGUUUCCGUUUCAGAUUGAGUUUUCCGGAUAUACCUCUAUCGAAGAUAACGUUUUCAUCUUUAUUUCAUUCUUUCCUGUGUGAUUUUCUUCUUAAGAGGCGUUAUUCAUGAGUUGAAGCACGUCCUCCCCAUACAUUUGGUCCUGUAAAAUCGUGUGAAAUCUUGAGCAGGAAAGUUUCCAAUGGGUAGAGGAAGAGGGAAGGGGAAGAAGCAAUCUGUUCGUGAGGAUGUUGGAAGUGGCGAAGAAGAAAAGAUACCCGUGAGGAGAAGGGGUAGACCACAGAAGCCAUUGAAGGAUGAAAUAGAGGACAGAGAAGGAGUCCAGAAACUAGUGGAAGAUGAAGAUGACGGUGAGAAUAUCUCCAAGGAUGAAGCUGCUGAGAAUGGAAAGAGGAAGAGAUCUUCGCAGGUCAAGGAAAACGUUGAUUCAGUGAAAGAGGAAAACUGUAUUGGCACCAAAGCUAGCCCCAAUGACUUAAUAAAGUCAGUCGGAUUCAGACAAAACGGGAGCAGAAGGAAAAACAAGCCUAGACGUGCUGCUGAAGUUGGUGUUGAGUGCAGAUGAACAAUGCGAUGAUUAUUGCAAUUCGCGAGUUAGCCCUCAUUAUAUUUUCUUGUUUUUUUUAUUAUUGCAAUUACAUUAAUAUGAGCAAUUCAAUUUUGUGUAGAUUUCUGCAGCAAGUUUUAGUCUUACUGAAUGCAUUGCUGUUAGAUCUCCUAGCUACUUCUCUCAUUUCGCAUGUGUUAUGUAGAAUCAGAAACUUACUUUCCUACUCACUGUAAUUUUUGUUUCUUUAUCCUUAUAUGAAAUGGUAGUUAUGUAUUAUGCUAUUAA